AUUUUGUGGGAGAAGCCGCAGCGCCGCCUCUUCUCUCGCUUCCCAGUAGCCGACGCCGCCGCCUCUUCCUCCGCCUCCUCCGCCUCCUCCGUCGCCUCUUCCUGCCGCCUCCCGGCUUCCGCCGCCGUAGCCACUUCAGUCGAAUCCCAGCCCCCGGGCGAAGCAUCUCCUUAUUUAUUUCCGUUUUCUGGUCAGACAGGCUCCUGACACGGUGAUCCGGGCGGGCCCCGCAGGAAUUUUAUCCCCUCACCGGCCUCACACUAGUAUCGCAUGUCCACUAUCCAGAACCUCCAAUCUUUCGACCCCUUUGCUGAUGCAACUAAGGGUGACGACUUACUCCCGGCAGGGACUGAGGAUUACAUUCAUAUAAGAAUCCAGCAACGGAACGGCAGAAAGACAUUGACUACUGUUCAGGGCAUUGCAGAUGAUUAUGACAAAAAGAAACUUGUGAAAGCUUUCAAAAAGAAAUUUGCCUGUAAUGGUACUGUGAUUGAGCAUCCUGAAUACGGAGAGGUUAUUCAGCUUCAAGGUGACCAAAGAAAAAAUAUUUGCCAGUUUCUGUUGGAGGUUGGCAUUGUCAAGGAGGAACAGCUUAAGGUUCAUGGAUUCUAAAAUGAACCCAAAUACGUGGAGAAUUUCUUGAAUGAUUUUUGUUCUCUAGAUCCAGUUUGGCUGCCUUGUGAAAUGAUUCUCUGCAGUAAAUGGACUUUUCAUUUAUUUAAUCAUUCAAACUUCCAUUCAUAUCUGCAUGAUUACAGAAAACAUGGGGUAUGUAGCUUAGUAACACAUAAGAAAAUUGCAGUAAGAUGGUAAUGAAGCCCCGUAUUCAUCUUAACGUGUUUCCAAUGGAAAAUAUUUUGUUUUGUGUGUUUAUUGUUUGGUUUAUUACUUUUCACUUGAUUAAAUAUUUUUUGUUGUAUUAAACCAUGUAUGUUGCAGCUUAACAAUAAAAAAAGUCUGUGAA